AGGCUGAGCGCGGCCCCGCCCCGGCGGGCGGCUGGAAAAGUUUGCUCCCAGCCCGGCGGGGGCAGAGGCUUGAGGAAGCCGGUGUGGGAGACACGCGACAGGAACCCGGCGCCAAGCGCGGUGGCAGGACGAAUUCGAGCGAGAGACUCUCUCCGGCCCGGAAACGUGCCCCCCCCCCAUCCCCGAGCCCCCAAGACGGACCCCGGCGUCCCAGCCCAGCUAGCAUCUGAGCGGAGGAAGGGGGCCAGGAUGCCGGUGGCCCAAGAGCCUUUCUCGGACCGAGGAGCCCGGUCUCAGCACCUUCGCUGGGAGCUGGCCUGGAUCACUAUGGCAGCCUGAGCCGCCGUUGUUGUUUUCCCUGGAAAUGGACGUUCCCAGGGCGCCCUCUGGUGGAUUCUGGAGCUAACUGCUGGUACAUUCCAAGUGAUGGCCGUGCUUCUCACAUCCGGCGCCAGACCCUACACCUCCAACGAGACUCUGCAUGAACAUUACAACUACGUAGGCAAACUUGAGGGCCGGCUGAAGGAUGCCCCCGAGGGCAGCACGCUCACCACCGUGCUGUUCUUGAUCAUCUGCAGCUUCAUUGUCCUGGAGAACCUGAUGGUUUUGAUUGCCAUCUGGAAAAACAAUAAAUUUCACAACCGCAUGUACUUUUUCAUUGGCAACCUGGCUCUCUGCGACCUGCUGGCCGGCAUAGCUUACAAGGUCAACAUCCUGAUGUCCGGCAAGAAGACGCUGAGCCUGUCUCUGACGGUGUGGUUCCUAAGGGAAGGCAGCAUGUUCGUGGCCCUUGGGGCGUCCACCUGCAGCCUGCUGGCCAUUGCUAUCGAGCGGCACUUGACCAUGAUCAAAAUGAGGCCUUACGACGCCAACAAGAAACACCGCGUCUUCCUUCUGAUCGGGAUGUGCUGGCUCAUCGCGUUCUCCCUGGGCGCCUUGCCCAUCCUGGGCUGGAAUUGCCUGCACAACCUCCCCGACUGCUCCACCAUCCUGCCGCUCUACUCCAAGAGGUACAUCGCGUUCUGCGUCAGCGUCUUCACGGCCGUCCUGGUGGCCAUCGUGAUCCUGUACGCACGCAUCUACUUCCUGGUGAAGUCCAGCAGCCGCAGGGUGGCCAGCCCCCACAACUCGGAGCGGUCCAUGGCCCUGCUGCGGACCGUGGUGAUCGUGGUGAGCGCCUUCAUCGCCUGCUGGUCCCCGCUCUUCAUCCUCUUCCUCGUGGACGUGGCCUGCAAGGUGAAGGAGUGCGCCGUCCUGUUCAAGGCCCAGUGGUUCAUCGUGCUGGCCGUGCUCAACUCCGCCAUGAACCCUGUCAUCUACACGCUGGCCAGCAAGGAGAUGCGCCGGGCCUUCUUCCGGCUGGUCUGCACCUGCCUGGUCAGGGCCCGGGCCGCACGCUCCUUGCCCAACCAGCCUGCGCUCGAUCCUAGCCGAAGCAAAUCCAGCGGCAGCAACAACAGCAGCCCCUCCCCAAAGAGCAAGGAAGACCCCCAGCUGGCUGCCUCACCCUGCAUAACCGACAGAAACAAAACCCUGCAGAACGGGGUCUUCUGCAAGUGAGGGCGCCAGCCUCGAGGAACAGGGGAUCCUUGCGUCCCCACAGUUGGAGCAGCAGCCAGCCCUGCAGCCUUAUUGAUUCAUUGCAUGCCUCACCCCUGGGGGCUUUUCCAGAGCUGGGACUCGGGAAAUCUAUGCUGCCAACAGCCCGCCUGGUGUGAACGUCUCUUCAGGAGGCGACCUGACGAAUCACCAACCCACUGCAGUCUAGACGAGAGUGCCUGAUCCAUUUAGGCUCCAGGGUCUUCUGAAUGUACCAAGCUGCUGAGGUCAUCAGCUCCCCUCCCCAGAAUCCCACCGGCCGCUGUCCACUGUGCCUGGAGAGGGAGGCUCGUGGACCACACAGCGUACAAGGUGUCUCCCAGAACAUCUGGGUGGUGUUUGGUAACUUUACACUACAUUGACUAUGCACAGAAUGGAUGCUCUCUGUUCAUCAUUUCUGCGUUACAGAGCACUUGUCUUUCAAAUGUCUGCCGUUGGUCCAUGCAUAAGCUUCAGUAUAUGGCCCAGUCAUGUAACAGGGAGAACACGUAUGUUCUGACUGAACCACCAGGUGUAAUUAUAUGCUGGGCACUAGGUGGACAUGCUGGUCCGAGUCUCCUUGAACUAGCAGGAAGUCUCAAGUUAAGCAGGUUUUGCAAAGCCCAGACACCCACCCCCCCCGCCGUUCCCCCUUCCCCCCAAGAGCUUGUUUAGGGCUGGUCUCAGAUGUGUGAGCCUGACCCCAAACUGUCCUGGGACUUGCCCUUGACUUUGUCUGGAGGCUGCUGGUGAGAACAAGUAAAUUCUGCGGGCAUAUGUCCCCCAAGGGGACCCCUGCUUCGCUUCUGUCAUAUGUCUCUGCAGAGUCUUAAGAACAUCCAGAAGCCAAAUUAGCCAUGUUAUGGAAUUGGUUGGGGUUUCUCCAAAUCACAGAAAAGCCAGCCAAGUAUUUGAGGAGCCUGACCCCAGCCCAAGCAAAAAAAAAAAGAACCCAUGAGGGAGAAGCAGAGGACAGGCCUCUGGCCCAUUUCACCUUUCCAGGGGGAAGGGGAGUUUCUGUCUGAUUAGAGUUGAGUUGGAAACUGUAUCAGAAAAGCGCCAAGUCAGUCGCCCCCCUGUGUUGUCACAGCUGAGCAGCUGGGCCCCGUCCACAGUCUCAGAUUCCCGAAAGCUGACCCUGACAGUGACCGUGAGGGCAGUUAAAUCGUCAUCCGGUGGUUUGUGCUUUCUUUACAGAAAUGUAGUAAUUCUGUAAUCUUCCCCUUCAACACAGGUUGACCCCCUGUUUACCUUAUGAAGGGAUUCCUUAGAAGGCGUUUCUGUACACAGUCACCCCUAAGUAUUCUUCAUGCAGCACAAAUGGAUGAAAAAGAGACAAAUUUGCAAAGCUAUCAUAAGCAUUUAGUUGAUGUGCUGAGUUCUUUUUUUGAAAGCAACCUUCAGAAGGAUUCUUCCGUGGGUAAACCUCCUCCCAUCAGAACCCCUGAAGUUUUUAGCUUCAGUGGGAAUUUUAGUAAAGACUAGGAGAGAAGUCUUAAUACAUGAAUAACUUUUCAAAGAGAAAGUGACUCCUCUUUGUUAUCUGAUGCAAGUUCCUCUUCAUUUAGAAGCAUUUCUCUAGGUCCUGGGCGAUCCGAUACCAACUGACAUCUUCCUUAAUUUUUUGUUACCAGUGAGACACAUCCUAUUUAUAAGGAGAGGCUCAUCAGCAACAUUUUUGUUGCCUUCAUUAAAUCACUGAAAAGGAGCUUAUUUUCUUGUCAAAUAGUAUGAGAAAACCCAGGCCAUUUCUAGAAGAGGUAAGCGUUAAGGUACCGGGUUAAGAAAAUGACAAGAAAAAAGCUGCCUCAAAAAGCCAAAACAUUGGCUAUUGCAUUUUAUCUUCGGUAAUGGAAUGGCUUGAGAACUUUCUUUUAGUUCUGACUUGCUUUGGGAAAUCUGGACCUCUGGCACUGAUAACAGUAACACUUUGCACAAUAACCCCAACUUUUCUUGAAACCUGAAUGAAAAAUAUGCCAAAAGAGAAACUGUGUCUGUUUGAUAGGUGUUGAAAAAAAUAAUCAAAUUUAGUACCAAGGUGUCCAUGCGUAACUGGCUACCUGGACAUCAUUUAGACGUUGAAUGCAUCAAAGCCACAGGGAACCUGUGCGUUAGAUCUCGCUCGGUUAGUAACCUUUACCGUGUCCCGUGUAUGUUUGUUAAAGAAAAAUAAAGCCGAGAGCCUUUGUAUGAA